AUGGGCAAAAAAACUUCAUUGAAAGACAUGCCCUCUUUUUCCCAAAAUGAAAAUAAAAACGACAGUGACAAUUGGUCGAAUAAUUCACAAAUACUUCCUGGCCCGUCUUCAUUACCGUUUAUCGGUAAUCUACAUCAGAUACGCGACCCGAUGCAUAUAGCGUUCAAUCAAAUGUCUACCAAGUAUGGGCCUAUUUUUAAGAUUAAACUGGGUCCACAGGUAUAUGCUAUUAUCAAUGAUGACAAGAUUGUAGACGACCUUGUAAUUCGGGGAGGUGCAAUUUAUUUUUCGAGUUCUUCACAUUAUAUUCCAAAGGAAACUUUACCAAGAGAUUCUGAAAUUGCACCUUAUGGAACAUACUGGAGAACAAUGCAUUCACUAACACGAAGAGCAAUAACACGAUACAUUGUCAAUACACACUAUCAAAACAUCAUACAUCGUGAAGUUCGAAACUUCAUGUACCGAUUAUACCAAACCUCAAGCGGGCCCACCGAUCCAACUGACGAUUUAAAAAUUUGCAUUUUAAAUGUUCUCGCCACGAUAACAUACGGAAGCAGGUCAGAAUUAACCGCGCCAACAUUUAAAAGAUUCUAUAAUUCAUUGGCGGAAUCUUAUUCGAUGGACGCCAAUAGUAAAAUAACUGGAGCAUUUCCUUGGCUAUCAAGAACACCGUCGUCUGUCAGAAAACAUAAAUCACGUGAAUUGAAAGCAAGAAAACGGUUAACUGAUACUGCUAAAGAAUUGAUUGUUGAUUUACAACAACGUGUUACGACGGAAAAAGAACGACAACAUUGUUUUGCAGCUCAGAUUUUGAGAUCAAUAAGAAAAAAUAAUGAUAGAGGAAUAACUGUGCAGCAGCUUUAUGAAGAAAUUGAUCAUCAGACCUUCGACGAAUACGAUUCGUUGCAUUUAAUUGCGAUGUUUUUAUUCGGAGGAACUGGUGCUGUGACAUGUCAACAGAGAUGGAUAUUCGCUCAACUCUCUUACCUUCCCAAAGAACAAUACAAAAUUCAACGUGAACUUUAUAGUUUAAUCGGACAAGGAAAUUAUCCAAGUCCAAAAGACUAUGCGAGAUUACCAUAUUUACGUGCUGUUAUAAGGGAAUGUCUUCGAUUUAGACCUUUAGGUUACUUCACAGUUCCUCAUGCAAUACCAGUCGAUGAUGUCUAUCGAGGAUAUCAUAUCCCUGCGAAAAGUACAAUGUUAGUCAACACUAAUCCACUGCAUUUCAGUUCAGCAUUGUGGGAUAGACCUAAAAGAUUUAUUCCGGAACGAUUUCUGGACGCAAAUGGUCAACUAAAACAGUUCAAGAAUGACUGGGAAGAUCCAUGGGUCUGGUGUAAAGGACCACAAGGAUGUAUUGGAAAAGAAUUGGCAGAACGAAUGUUGUGCACAAUUGUCGCAUACACUCUCACUUAUUUCACAAUUCAACGAGAAAUCGAUCCCAAAACGGGACAGCCAUUCGAAUUGAAUAUGAAAGGUGAAGCUUACGGCCUCGAUUUAAGUGCACCUUCUAAUUUUAACCUGAAAUUUGUACCAAGGGCAGGGAUUAAAUUUGAUGAGCUUUUGAGAGUUGAUUUAUAA